ACCCAACACAGCCCCAGGGGCUUCUGAGAGGAGGGGAAAGGUGUGUCUAAGAAUACCUGGUUGGAGGGAGAAACAAGCUUGAUUAGGAAAUCUGUGGUCUGUCAAGAUAUAUAUCCCUGCCUGGACUUCUGAACUCCCACAGAAAGUGAAAGUCUGGCUUGGCAGCCUUCCCUAAACCUCCAAUUACAAGGCACAAGAAUGCAGAGCUGCAGGUUAAAGGGUGUUGGACCCAAAAUCUUUCCUUCCUGUAUCCUUCAGCUGGUGUUGAGAACAAUGUUUAUUCUCCUGUUUUGGGUGACUGCUGUUUCUGCUUUUACUAUUCCACCAGAAGAACCCACAGUGACUGCAAAUAAGUGCCAAUUUAGUGGCAAGCAUUUCAAAGACUACUUCAGGGUGGAAGGGGAGCCUGUGAUCUUGAGAUGCCCCCAGAUGUAUAGAUUUCUGUGGCCCUCCGACCAGACCCAUGUCAACCUGACAUGGCAUAGAAAUGAUUCUGCUCAGCUGGUCCCAAUGGCAGAAGAUGCCCAUACCCAAGUGAAAGAUGGUGUUCUCAAGUUCUUGCCUGUUUCACAGCGGGACUCUGGCACCUACAUCUGCACUCUCAGAAAUGCCUCUCACUGUGACGAGAUGUCCUUGGAACUGCAGGUGUUUGAGAAGACAGAUGCUUCCCUGCCUUUAAUAUCAUACCCACAGUUUCUCACGAGCUCAGAGUCGGGUCUCCUGAACUGCCCUGAUCUCAGAGAAUUCAAACAUAACAAAAAGGACUUCAAGAUUCAGUGGUACAAGGAUUCUAUCCUUUUGGAUCAAGACAACAAGAAGUUUUUAAGUAUGGAGGGAACCACUCGUUUAAUCAUAGUCAAUGUGACUGUGGAGGAUGAAGGCUAUUAUACCUGUGUCAUGGCGUUUGUUCACGAAGGCCUGCACUACAACGUCUCCAGGGUUAUUAAUCUGAAAGUCAACGAAAAGACAGAGCAGGCGAUUCCUGUUUUUAUUUCUCCCCAUCCGACCAUUCUGACUUCACUGGGGUCCAAACUGACGAUCCCAUGUAAGGUGUCCCUUGGUUUGGGUGCUACAACGAGAAUCAUGCUGUUAUGGAUGGCCAACAACACCAACAUAGAAAUGGCUUACCCGGGAGGUCGCAUCAGUCAGGGCUCGCGUAGGGAAUAUAAAGAAAAUAAUGAAAACUACAUUGAAGUGCCACUCAUUUUUGAUCCAGUGGAAAGAGAGGAUUUGAGCAUGGAUUUCAAAUGCAUUGUCAUCAGUGCACUGAAUAUUCAGAAGCUACAUACCACAGUUAAAGAAGCUGCCACAUUCUCCUGGAUGAUUGCUCUGGCCCCACUGUCACUGGUCCUCUUGGCUCUGUUUGGAAUAUGGAUGCACAGAUUGUAUAAACAAAGAACUGGAAAAUCAUAUAUUUGGACUGUGUUAAAACCUGCUGUCAAGAGUUUCAAUGGCUUAAGUGAAAUAAAGGAAAUCAAGUAGUUAAAA